AUGGAUAAAAUUUUAAUUGAUUAUGACAAAAAUCUAGAAGAGCUAGAACGUCAAAGAGAAAAGUUAGAAAUUGUAAUGCAAGUGAUGGGUCAAGAAUGGGAAGUAAGCGGGGCCGGCAUUGGUUGGUUAGGACAGAUAGAUCCAGUUGUAAAUACAAGUAUAGAGGACACACGACCUCUAUUUUCUAAAAUGUUGGCAGCACAAGCGAGCCCUUCACCUGAAUACCUUCAGUCAUUAUUAAAUGUGAAUGAAGCUCUGCUGGCUCAGAGUCUUGCUAAUAAUGAUGAGCAUUCUAGUACCCCGAUGCCGUCUCCCAUUGAUAAGAAAAACGAUAAC